AUGAUAAAGCCGAAGAGUUACAGGAGGUUAGUGGGUCGUUUGAUUUACUUGACCAUUACCCGUCCUGAGUUGUCCUAUUGUGUGCAUGUGCUCACUCAAUUUAUGCAGACCCCUCGUGAAGAAUACUGGGAGGCGGCUUUACGUGUGGUGCGAUAUUUGAAAGGUAACCCGGGACAAGGAAUUUUCCUUCCAGCUGACAGUGAUCUUCGAUUGUAUGUUUAUUGUAAUUCUGACUGGGCCGGUUGUCCACUGACACGGCGCUCUCUAACCGGAUACUUUGUUUUAUUGGGACAAGCACCCAUCUCGUGGAAGACAAAGAAGCAGCAUACAGUGUCCAGAUCAUUGACUGAGACGGAAUACAGGUCUAUGGCAAUAGCUACAUGUGAAUUGAAAUGGUUAAAAGGGUUGUUGCAUUCCUUAGGUGUUGGUCAUCCUGACYCUAUGCGAUUAUACUGUGAUAGUCAAGCAGCUUUGCAUAUUGCUGUGAAUCCGGUCUUCCAUGAGAGGACUAAAUACAAUGAAGUAGACUGUCACUUUGUCCACGGUAAAAUCUAG